AUGGAAGAGAAGACUACAGCUAGUGAUUCAUGCAAAAUAAGAAAGGGAACUAAGAUGAAGGUAGGCAUGCACCUGCAGGGGUCUCACACAAUAUCAAAGCUGAAGCCAAAAAUAAGAAUAGUGCACAUUUUUGCUCCAGAGAUCAUAAAGACAGAUGCUGCCAACUUCCGUGAGCUUGUGCAGAAGCUCACUGUUGGAGGAGAAGUUAUGAAGAAGAAGAAGAAGAAAAAGAAAAAGGAUAUUGAUGAAGCUGGUGAUGAGAUGUUGUGGAAAGAAAGAGAGAAUGAGGAUGGCUUCUUAUGUGGACUUGGAGAUGUGGAUGGCUUCUUGCAAGGCUUUGCUAAUGACUAUCAGUUUCUUCCAAUUCCGUUGGUAACUUCUUCUCAAGCAGGGGAGAUUGGAGAGCCUCAUCAUGUUUAG